UAUUUAUUCCCCUUGGGUGAAGAUAGGAGUAAAAAAAACCCACACCGCUUUCUAAGACAAAAUAGCACUUUCCAGCUUGCCUAUGAACAACACUGAUUUGAAGCAGGCACAGUCUACGUUACUCAGUGCAGUGCUGAGUCAGAUGGAGAAUUGCUGGGAAGUCAGCACAGCUGAGCAAGCUUCUAAGGCGACAUCAUCCUCUACGAACUGUAUUUAGUUGGUAAGUACGGUAGGUGCACCAUCAACUACCAGGUACAACUACAGCCAAGAGUUCAGGCUGCCGUGCUGUCAGGCAGCAGUGGAAUCACGCUGCUGUAUUCAACGUUAUUUCAGCCCCGACGUUCUGACCCCGACUUUUCCUCAUCGUUUAACACCUAUAGUUGCCGAUAACACACACAAUUUUAAAAAACAACCCUAUUAGCUCCGUUCACCUCACACUAUUUUAGGGACUGGAGACGGCCACCCUGCUCCGCCGUGCCGCGCCUACCGGCAGCGAGCGGCCGCGGCCCUCCGCAGCCGCCCCGAUCUCGGCCGCCCCCUCCUCCAUUUCGCGGCCGGGCGCGGCUCGGCGGAAGAUGGCUCCCCGCCUCCCGGGGCUGGGGGCGGGCCGAGGCGGUGGCUUCGUGUCCGGGCGGUGCCAGACGCCAAGUCCGUCGGUGGCUGUGCAGGCUGAAGGAGCGGCAGCCCGGCGCUUCACCAUGACGGCGGCCAUGAGACAGCGCUUCGACCGCUUCCUGCGCGAGAAGAACUGCAUGACCGCCGUGCUCGAGCGGAUCGAGAGCAAGACCGGCGUCGACCGCGCCUACAUCGCCAUCGCUGUCCUGGGAGCGGUGGCCGUGUACCUGGUGAUCGGCUACGGCGCCUCGCUGCUCUGCAACAUCAUCGGCUUCGGCUACCCAGCCUACGUGUCAAUCAAGGCCAUUGAAAGUCCCAACAAAGAUGAUGACACACAGUGGCUGACUUACUGGGUUGUGUAUGGUGUUUUCAGCAUUGCAGAAUUCUUCUCUGAUAUCUUUCUGUCCUGGUUCCCUUUCUACUACAUGCUGAAGUGUGGCUUUCUGCUCUGGUGCAUGGCUCCAAGUCCCUCUAAUGGAGCGGAGUUCCUCUAUCACCGAAUCAUCCGGCCUUUCUUCCUGAAGCAUGAGGCUCAACUGGACAAUGUUGUCAAAGACCUGAAAGACAGGGCUGCAGAGACUGCAGAUACCAUUGCUAAAGAAGGUUACAAAUUACUUGUCUGAGACCAACAAGGAACUUGCCCUAUGCUGACUCAAACAACUCAAGCAGAAAACAUCGCAAGAAGAGGAGCAAGGAGAAGGAUGGAUCAAGUCUUGCAGAGGCAGAGUGGCAGCACGCUUUUCUAUACUUCCUCUUACAGAUAGCAUGUUUCCUCCUACAGCUGAAAAGCAUCAGCUUGAGUAACUCCACACACUGAAAAACACUGGUCUGAGCAAGUCAUUGAAGAGGGUGCAUAAUCACUGGAGACUCUUGCUGAAGACUCCUGAAUCUUAUAGAACAUCUAACUGCAGAGACAUGGGGGAGCUGACAUCCCAGCAGCAAUCCUGGACCAACUGUACUAUAUAAAAGUGUUUAUGCACAUUAAUCUCCAUUGACUCACCACCCACACAUCAAGACCAGAUCUAAGAAAUGGUGGAAUACUUAAUUUCUCUCUCUUUUCUUCUCUUUCCUCUUGAUCAUCUUCUACUCAUUUUUCUUUAGCAGCCAUUGCCUAAACUUGCCUUAGAGUAGUUGAUAAGGAAAAAACACUCAGGCCAAGUACCCUAUCCAUAAUGCUUAUAAUUGCUGUUAAAGUAUUACCUAAUUUUGCCUCAGAGUAGUUAAUUGUUGUUAGAAAGCUCAAUAAACUGUAUUGUAUUUUUCCUCUGAGUCACUGUCUGACUACUGCAGGGAGUGCCCUAUUCAGGGAUUCCAGAGCCUAACCUUCCUUAUAAGCUUCUGAGUGGGAAGAGGCAGUACUAUAUAAGUCAUUUCUCUAAAAGCUUUUAAAUCUGAGACUUUCCAACACUAACCAAACCAGAUUCAAGACUUCCUUUUCAAUUCACCAAACUAGACAACAGGUCUUCCGCUGUCACUUCAUUGUCAUCUUGCACUCUUGCUUCCCUCUCUUGGUCUUCCCUCUCCACAGAGCAGCAGUAACUAAUAACCUCUGAGCGCUUCGUUGUUUCCAGUAACUAAGCCUUCAGCUGCUUUCAGCAGUGUCCAUGCUGUUGUUUCUGCCAUGUGGCAUUCCAUCGAGCCAGAGAGCAACUCCCUCAACACAGAAUGGCUUAGGUUGGAAGGGACUUAAAGAUCGUUUAUUUCCAACCCCCUGUACUAGGCAGGGUUGCCAUAUCUAUGUGUUUUAUAUCUCUUUUUUUAAUCUCUCUUUGAUAAUUUGAGAACAGAGAGUUUAAAAAGUUAAAUUCAGUUCAGUUAUCUUAAACAGUUAAAAUACUAACCCUGCAGUAUCUCUGACUUCUUCAAAUAAGCUGCAGAGGAAAAGUUAACACUUUUGACAAAAGCAUUCAAGAAAAUAUUUCAAAAUUACUGUGCCACCUUUAUUAAUACAUUGACAAUCAUAAAAGAUGAUUAGGAAGGAAAGUUUACAAAGUCAUAAUUUUACUGAUUUACAUUUUUUUUUUAUUGGUGA